UUGCGCCGUCCGCGUGGUCACGAAAUCGCGUAGCAAAUUUAAGAGGGAAUAAAUAAUAAGAAAAAUUGAAAAAAAAAGAUUUCAAUGGGUGAGCCGUUGAUUAGAUUUGGUGAUGGUUAGUCGGGAAAAAUUGAAAUAAUCAAUCCGACGCGAAGGCAGGUUCAAUGUCAAGAGCCCGAGUUGAGGAUGGAACGAAAACAGUAGCGUGUAACACAGGCGUAAUCAACAUGGUGGCUCAUAAAAUAAACUUUGGAAGGCGUAAUAGCGUGGAGAUAAUUUGAGCUGUAGAAGAGAAAAAUUGGUGAAAUGCGUAUGUUAAUUCUGUAAAGAAGUGUCUUCAUCAAUGUAUGGUUAUUGGUGAUUUAUUUUACUCGCCAACAAUGUCGGAGAGCGUGGAUAGCCGAAACGGGGACGAACACGAUCAGCAUAAUAAUACACAGCCAGACGACGUCGACUGGAAAUUACCAAUCGCUUUCAACAAACCGAGGCACACAGCGACGAUCGAAGGGGUUAAUUGCAUCACGCAGACAUGGCGAAUGAAGGAACGGAUGAAAACUGUGAGCGUCGCGCUCGUUUUAUGCCUCAAUGUUGGCGUCGAUCCACCGGACGUCGUCAAAACUCAACCCUGUGCUCGACUCGAGUGUUGGAUCGACCCACAGCUGAUGAGCCCGCAAAAGGCUCUAGAGAUGAUAGGAAAGAACCUUCAACUGCAGUAUGAGCGAUGGCAACCACGUGCGAGGUACAAGCAAAGCCUUGAUCCGACUGUCGAGGAAGUAAAAAAACUAUGCACGUCAUUGCGUCGCAAUGCCAAGGAGGAGAGGGUUCUAUUCCACUAUAACGGUCACGGAGUUCCUAAACCCACUAGCAAUGGAGAAAUAUGGGUUUUCAACAGGACGUACACCCAGUACAUUCCUCUGUCGGUGUAUGAUCUGCAAACAUGGAUGGGAGCACCUUCUAUCUAUGUAUACGACUGUUCGAAUGCUGGAAUCAUCGUUGAUUCCUUUCAACAGUUUGCCGAACAGCAUGAGCGGGAAUAUGAGAUGGAAAAGCAGGCAGUUCAGCACAAUAGAACAGCGAGUGUAGCCAGUACAAGUGCCCCUUCCUACAAGAAUUGUAUACAGUUGGCAGCUUGUGCUGCUAAUCAAAUACUCCCGAUGAAUCCUGAUUUGCCUGCAGAUAUAUUCACAGCUUGUCUUACAACCCCCAUUACAAUCGCAUUACGCUGGUUUGUCAUGCAGAAUACAUCAAAAUUAGUGCCUAAGGUGUCUCUGGACCUGAUUGAUAAAAUACCAGGUCAGUUAACAGAUCGCAGGACAAUGCUGGGUGAACUAAAUUGGGUCUUUACGGCCAUAACAGACACCAUUGCUUGGAAUACGUUACCUAGAGAUCUGUUCCAAAGAUUAUUUAGACAAGACUUACUAGUAGCUAGUUUAUUUAGAAACUUUUUAUUGGCGGAAAGGAUCCUUCGAUCCUAUGAUUGUACGCCUGUUUCAUUCCCAAAACUACCACCAACGUUUCAACACCCAAUGUGGCAGGCUUGGGAUUUUGCUCUUGACCUUUGUUUAGCGCAACUACCAACGGUAUUAGAAUCGGAGAUUUUAUUCGUUCACUCGCCAUUUUUCGAAGAACAACUCACAGCCUUCCAAGUAUGGCUUACGUUGGGUUCAAAGUCUCGCAACCCUCCCGAACAGCUGCCGAUUGUAUUACAAGUGCUGCUGAGCCAAGUACACAGGCUCAGAGCUUUGGAGUUGCUUGGAAAGUUCCUUGACCUCGGACCAUGGGCCGUAAACCUGGCCCUAAGCGUUGGGAUAUUUCCUUAUGUUUUGAAGUUACUGCAGAGCAAUGCACGAGAAUUAAGACCCUUGCUAGUUUUCAUAUGGGCGAAAAUCCUUGCCGUGGACAGUACGUGUCAGGCAGACCUAGUGCGUGACCAUGGGCAUAAAUAUUUUCUUUCCGUUCUUCAAGAUCCUACAAUACCGAGCGAGCACCGAACUUUAGCAGCGUUUGUCUUGGCUAGUAUCGUAAACAACUAUCCAGCAGGGCAGGAAGCUGCUCUGAAAGGCAGUCUGGUGUCAAUUUGUCUGGAGCAACUAGGUGACCCAAAUCCUCUACUACGACAGUGGCUAUGCCUCUGCCUUGCCAGACUUUGGCAUAAUUACGAUAAAGCUAGGUGGUGCGGAGUCAGAGAUAUUGCGCAUGAAAAACUCUAUACUCUGUUGCAAGAUCCAAUACCAGAGGUCAGAGCAGCUGCGGUCUACGCUUUAGGAACAUUCAUAAACAGUGUUACUAAAAGGAGUGAACAUGCCAAUAACAUCGAUCAAAUCAUUGCCAUGACACUUAUAAACACUGUUAGCCAUGAUAUGAGCCCUCUUGUGAGAAAGGAACUAGUGGUCGCUUUGCAAUGGAUGGUGCUACAUUUUGAAAACUCGUUUGUAACUUUGGCAGUUGCUGAAGAAAGUAGUAGGCGGGAUCCGGUCGUCGAGACUUUAUCUCCAUUCACAGGUAUGCGUCGGAUCGGUUCGAGAGAUAGAUUAAAGGUUCUUUCGCCAAAUAACGCUUAUGGCACGGAUACGACAGAUUUUAGCCAAGAUCGCAUGAAGAGAGUAUCGUCUUCUUCGUCCAUCAGUAGUUUAGGAAACAACUGGGAAUUUGUAAGAAAACCAUGCGAAUCAAUUGGUCAAUCAUCAUUUGGUAAUCUUCCAAGCUUGUCUUACGGAAGCGUGUACAUGAAAUUGUGGCAUGGUCUCUGUAGCCUCGAUAGUGAUCCGCAUCCUUCGGUCGCUUCAAUGUCUCAGAAAGUUACGAACCACAUUCGUAAUCAGGUCAAAGAGUCUUCAGCACCAAAAGAGGUAACGGAUACGAAGAUACAGUCGUCACUGUCGCUUCCACCGUCGCCAUCUAGUCGGACUAGCUUUCUGACUAAGGGAGAGUCUCUUCCUACAGUCAGCGCAACCUCAGAUAUUCUACGACCUCCCAGGGUACCAUCACACGGAAGUCGGACCAGAAAAACACCUCCGAUUAAUACAAUAACUGAAGAGGCUGAUGAAGUUUCGGGUGUCAAAAAUCCACUGACAACGUCUUUAUUUGUCGAAUGGAGUUGUGCCCAAUUUGCCCAACCAGUCAGUUUAGAGAGUGAAACAGAAUCUACCAAUGACAUAGAGAGUAGAGCUCAUUAUGAACGGGAGUGGAGAUAUCUUCGAAACAAGAAACAACGAAGAGAUGCAAAAGAGGAACAGAUCAGAGUUGCGCGAGGAAGAUUAGAGUCUCAGGUCUUUCAUACACGAAGCCCUCAACCUCCUGAAGUUGUUACUUUCCACCCAUUUGACAAGCAUCUCGCUGUUGCAGCAAAAGAUUGUUUCGGAAUAUGGGACUGGCAAACCGGUACAAGACUCACGUACUGCACAAGCCGCGGGAGUAAAAUGACUCGGGUAACUGCAUUAGGUUUCAUAAAUUCUCACGACGUUGCACUUUUGAUGACUGGAUCUGAUGACGGCUCUGUAAGAAUAUGGAAAAAUUAUUGUAACAUGUUGGGUCGUGAUCCUACGCUCCUCACAGCUUGGCAAGCCUUAGCAGAUGCACAACCUGCUUCAAAGAGUCCCAGUGCUGGUGUCCCUGGUUCAACAGUACACAAUUUAGCUUCAGCCGGCCUUAUUACCAGCUGGGAACAGCGCUCGCUAACACUAGCUGUUACUGGCGACGUGCGCAUCGUGCGACUUUGGGACGCUGAAACUGAAUUGAAGAAACAAGAUAUACCUACCGGCGCGGAUAUCUGUGCUACGUGUUUAGACACAGAUGAUUCUGGCGCCUUGAUGGCUUUGGGAUGCGGUGAUGGAUCUGUGCGUCUCUUCGAUCGUCGCCUUCCGCCUCAUGAAGCGAGAGUUAUGACAUGGAGAGAACACACAGCCUGGGUUCUUGGUGCUUACUUCAGGGGUACAGCGACAGGUGCCCCCCGACUCAUCACAGGUUCAUUAUCUGGAGAUAUUCGAUUCUUCGAUCUCAGAAAGAAUUCAUCUGUAAAUACAGUUCAAACUGCCCAAGGAAUAACUGCUAUGGCUGUUCAUAAUGUUGCAGACAUUUUUACCUGUGCAUCUAUGAACCAAUGCAUCAGUGUUUACAAUAUGUCAGGCCAAAAUUUGAACGCAAUAAAGUCCUACGAAGGUUUCAUGGGUACUCGAAUCGGUCCAGUCAGCUGUCUCAACUUCCAUCCAUACAGAGUGGUACUGGCAGCAGGCUGCAUGGACAGUUCCGUAUCCGUUUACGCUUCCGAGCCACGCAGAUGACUAUCGGAGAUGGAGCUGGUAUAGGGAUACAUCCAGCAAGCCGUAGAAAUAUUUCAUCAGACGCCAUCCCUAUUUACAUUUGAGUAAGGCUGUGGUAUUAUGUAAAUAUGUUGAAAUUUUUAGAGCGUCCAUCAUGUGGUUCCUUACUAUAAAUUUGUAAAUACCUAGGCAUAUGCUUCACCAUUAUCUUUUAUCUGCCUGUGUAGUAAAAGUCGAGUAAUGAUAUUGGAGCAAACGUCAAAACAGGUGAGAAAUUUUUAUUAAUUUUUUUUUUCUUCUAUUUUGUAGCCAUGCCUACUUUUCUUUCACAACUUGCAAUGCAAUAGUGAUCCGAUUUUUAUUAUCAUUUGAUCAAAAUAUGUUGCUAAUAUAAAAUUUUGACUCAAUUAGCGCCUAAUAUUCAUGAUCCCGUGUUCAUAAUUUAAACUUAGGCAAUACACACUAUAUACACAUGCGGUAAGCAGCAAUCCUGAAAUAAGUAAGCCAAGUUGUUUAUUGGAUUGGAUAGUCGAUAUAUUCUUUUCAUACAAAAGUUCUUCUGACAAUGGUAUAUGACCAACUUGCAGCUUCCAAGAUUUGACUGAUUUUUUGUAAUUGUGAAAAUCACAACAUACCAACCUCGAGAUCUAUGCCAUUAGAGUAAUUCAAUGACUCCAAAACAAUAUGUUGAUUAUUUUUCUUCUUGGAAAUAUUUUUUAAGAAGAAAUAAUACAUUUGCUUCGAACUAUACAUCAUUCAACCGAAAGAAUUAGAUAUCACGAAAUGAAUUGAUGGAACAAAAAUACCCUUGAAACAAAAAUCUCAGAUCACACGCUAAGAAUCAAUAGAACUUGCGUACAUGAUUUUUUUUCAAUAUGCCAUAUCAUAAGUAUACCUUCGUUUGUGUAAAACUGCGGAUCACGAAUAGUUGUUUGCUAAUUUAACAGGUGCAAAGAGUGAGUAACUGAGGCAUAGAGAACUGCACGUAAAUGAAACAGUGAAUAUCCUCAGAGAUCACACAGCUAUACUUUUAUUUAAUAGGAGUAGAAGUAAAUCAGAAUAUCAUUCAAAGUCAAGGUUCGAAGUAAUGGUAACUAUUAACCAUUAAUAUUAUGUCUAUAAUAAAUGUACAACACUCGCUGCUCGGGCAGCGAUUGGCAAUGACGAAUGGUGGUAAAUAUUUAUCCACUGGCAGCCACGGAAGGCGGUACAAUCUAAAUCCUGAUAUUAACGUUAAGCUCAAAUGAGUAACCAUAAAGAAUAUUCUUAAGUUAAUAAUGCUAUAGCUUUCGAUUAGUCAGAAAUUUAAGGGAAAGUUUAGGAAAAUGAUACAUAAAUAAAAAGAGGAAUAAUACUUAUUCAAAAAGCGUGCAUUACCAUUUCGGUGGUUUGAAAUAUGAUAACGUUUUAUUAUUUACAAUUUAUUAUUCAUUUUAGAGGCAUUCGAAGUGCAAAUGUAAAGCAACUACGUGAAUCGUAAUAAACCACAAAACUUACUAUAAUUAACUCUGUUCUUCGAUUGGUACAAGUUCAUUAAAUCACUAGUAAUUUAUUUGCUUUGUAAAAAUUAUUAUCUAAUGAAUUUUGUUUUUCAUACGCCAUCCCUGCAGUCUAAUACUGUGAAAUAUAUUUGGUUUAUUUUAUUUUUAAUUUUUCUUCUUCAGCACAUGCCGACAUGCUUAAGAUCCUUGUAUUAUCAUACACUGUGUACAUGUUUGCUGAUCUUUCCGCUAUUGCAAAGCAUGGAUCUGUGUAUCAUAUUUAUUAACAAACAAUAAUAUUCAUGGUUAUCAAACUACAAUUUAAGACGCUACACGCAGGGUAUUUACUGCAAAACGCAAUAUUGAUUAUUUCCCUAAGCAUAUGUGUAGAAUGUAUAACGGUAUACAUUACACAUAUAUUUUAAAGCUUACUUUUACUUAUAAACUAUUAUACUUAAUAAAAAGAAACUGGUUGUGAACAUUGAUUUAUGUUCGCAUCAGUCCGGUUGAGAACUGGUUAUCUAACAUGUAAAUAAGAGUCAUACGUUGCGAUUAUAUUUUCACAAAGUGACAACUGCGUAAUCCUAAGAAGUAUGUAAUCGUUAUUCUUGCUCUCAGCUAAAUGUAAAAGGUUUGUAAUUAUGUAAAGCAUUGCUAUAAAUAUACAUAUAUGAUUAGUGCAUCAAGUUUA